AUUUUUUGUGUCAACUGUCAACGUCAAAAGUCAUAACUAAUACAUUGACAGUUUGUCAACAUUAAAAUGAAAGCUGAAAAACAUUAAAUUUUCACUUUCACAAACGUUUACAAUUAUUGAACUUUAUGCUAUAUACAUAUUCUUGGACGUAUAUUUAUAAAAAUGAGUGGUCCACGUAUGGGGAUGUCACAGCAAAUAAAUGGGUCUAAUCGUCGGCCUCCAAAUGUUACCCAUAUGAUUCCCAAUGAAAGAUCUGUUCAUGCUCAGCACAGCGAUUUGAUAAAGUACAUUUAUGAUUCUUGGAGUAAGGUUGAAAUGGAUCGUAGCCCAAAUUCUGCAAUGUAUUAUCAGGAAGAAGUUAAUCACAAUUUAAAAGACUUUCAACCGUUCGAUUUAGAAGGAUAUUGGGGACGAAGAAAACAUCUAAAUAUGCAUUAUGUUAAGCACCCACAGUCAUAGCAUUUUUAUUUUUAUUAUUUUAAGUGAUGUGUGAUUAUAUUGUAGGUAUUUAAUUAUUGGGUGUGAUUUUCUUUUUGAUAAUAUGAUCAAGGUGUUCAUAAAACAUUGCCAAAGCAUAAUUUAAAUCGUUACUAGUUUUGUGUUGCACGGUAACUAUGAAUUCAUUCAAGCUCAUUUUUGGAAUGCUUUUGAACUUGUAAAAUAUGACACUCAAGUAUCGGCUAUAGUUUUUCUUUACACUGCCCUAUUAUAUCAAUAGGUUUGUAUGUUGUAUACAUAGUCCAGUCCAUAGCAUUAUCGUCUCAGAGAUGAAAAUGCUACUUAACCUCUAAAAAUGAUUAAUAAAAUAAAAUAAAAAUCAUACGAAUUAGCUGAAUUUAGCCGAGAUGUCAAUUUUGGGACCCAAAAAAUAUGCAAAAAAGUUGUUGUUCCUACCCAGAGCUUCCCCCUAAAACCCACGCUCAUCGCAGAUAGCAAUAUAAACUUGUUUCAAACUUGCAACAAGUUUGACACAUCAAACAUGAAAGCUUGCUGUAAGUUUGCCAUGGCAACUUUGCAAACUUGCUAGUUGGAGUGUGACAAACUUGCAUGAAGUUUGUUUAUUCAAACUUGAUACAAACUUGCUGAAGGUUUGUUUUUGUUUUGUUGCAUGAAGUUUGUUUUCUCAAACUUUAUACAAACUGAAAAAAAAAAAUUGUUUUGACAUACUAGCCACAAUUUGAAUAAAAAAUACAAUACUAUUUUAUAUAACUAUUUAUUAAGUAAUCACUCAACUAAAAUACAAUCUAUUGUCUAAAAUUAUUUAUUGUAACUUACAUUAAACCCUCUAGCUUCAGAUUCCGAUGCUCAUUUUUGUCUAUCAGCUCUGAAACAAAUAAAAGAAAUUGUUAUAAACUCUUGCUGUGUGAACAGAAUUAAUCUGUGCUAUUAAAUGCUAUUAAAAGAGAUAAAAAGAUGUUAAAGUAACAAUUUUACAAUAAAACCUAAAACUUAUUUACAUAUAAUAUUAUUAUAAAUAUAAUUUAAAUAAGGCUAGAAGCUACGAAAAACAUAAAAAACUUACCUCAAUUUCACCAAAGCAAAGAGAAUACCAAUAUAUACCUAAUCACCACAAACAGGUGGGUCUAUGAAAAACUGAAGAAAAGAAGGUUCUGCUUAGUUCUCAGCUUGUAAUUAAAGUAAUAGUCUCGGAGAAUUGUACGGUAAAUGUUGUAAAAAAUUCAAAGAAAAAUAUCAAUCAACAUAGGAUAGGACUGUCCACUGUCCUAUUAGGACAUAACCACAAAUUAUCACCGCUUGGGCUGGGCUGGCAGGUUACUUUUCCCGUGUUGUCAGCUGUCGAGUAAGCUUUUUCCCUCAACGUACCUUAAAAAUUCCCACUUUUAUGAUAAAAUUCCCUCUUAUGCUCCUAUUUAAAAAAUCUGUGAAAAUAUGUUGAAUUAUUUUCAAAUAUUUUGAUUUUUUUAAAUAUUUUACAAUUUGGACUGGAACAAAGAAUAAAGAUUCCCUUAUAAGUUAACUUUUUCCCUUUUAUGUUGAAAAUUCUCUCCGGUGGCAACACUGCCGUUUUCGUGGGCGUGACAUCAUUGAGGGUAACGAACGAAACCGAACCGAACCGACCGUAACGUGUACAUAAGUCAACCAAAUAAUAGAUGACGGCUUUGCAACUGUAUCUAAGCUUGCAGCAAAGUUGCUACAAACUUGAAUCAUCAUCUUUGUCAUAACAAUAUUGCAGCAAACUUGACACAAACUUGCCUCGUCAUAUUUGACGCAGCAAUUUAAAAUCAAAGAAGAAUCAAACUUGCCACAAGUUUCCAUGCUAUCUGGGAUGUGGGAGAAAACAAAAAAUGUUUCAAACAAGAAUGUAGCUGAGAUAAUUUUGAACAAAAAUUUUUAGCACUUUCUGUCUAGAAUGAACCGUUCUCUCAGAAACAACGCUUGAAGCGACCAGCGAUUUGCGGCAAAAUGCAAAAAUUACACACAAAAGCUGCACUCUUCACCUUCAAAACUCAUUUUGAUUUUUGUCGAUAUGACAGUCUGAUCAAAAAAUUUUGAUCAAAAUUUUACCUUCCAAUUGAUACAAAUUUUAUUUAAAUAAUUGAUUUGGCGCGCGUAACUGACAUUCAAAAUCACUGGUGUCUUCAAGCAUUGUUUCUGAGAGAACAGUUGAUUAACACAAAAAGUGUCAAAAUUUUUGUUCAAAAUUAUCUCAGCUACAUUUCAUGUUUGAAAUUUUUUUCUACAGCAUACAGAUUCUUAGUAAAUCGAUGUUUUCCGUGUUUCGCCCAUAUGUGGGAGGGACGGUUUUAGGGGAAAACCGGGGGCAUGAGUGGCCCCGGUUUCAUCUUUUGAUAUUGUCAGCAAAAUUCACCUUGUUCGUAUAAUUUUUAGAGGUUAAAUAUGUUGACGACUGGGGUAACAUAAGAAAACCCUUUAUAGUUUAACUGUUAGCAGGACAAUGUUACAGUUCCAUACUUUGAAGUUUCUAUGUUGUUAGAAAAAAAAACGUCUAUUUUGUCCUCAUUUGAGAUCAUAACUCAAAAAACUGUAACCUGUUGCGAUAUCAUUUCGUUGAUAUUCACAUUUGUUGCGAUAUCAUUACCAAUUUCGUAUCUCUUUUGCCGAUUUUGGAGAGAGGUUUUAGAAUACUUACAGAAAUGGGUAAUAAUGGGAACGAUGUACAAAUAUUAAUAGGAAUAAACAAAAUCGGCAUAAUCGCAACUACAGAUCAUCCCAAACCAUUUUUUCAGUGCGUCAUAGAUUAUCGAAUUCUCUCUAACGCAUUACAGUUGGAAAUGACAGAAAAAAAUGUACCUCCGUGAUUAUUAUACAUUGAGCUUAGAAAAUUAUGUAUUAGUUGACGGGUAUUUGCAUAUUAAAACGACUUAUAGAUUUAUAAUUGGUUGGCGAUUACAAUACUGUAAAUAGACUACCAAUUAAUGAUGCGAAUAAAGAUAAUUUGAUACAAAAGUAAUCAUAAAAUCCUUUAUAAAAGGUAUAUUUGUUAAAAUCCCUAUACAGGGCUACAUCAAAGACAACCCUGUAUAGGGAUUUUAACAAAUAUACCUUGUAUAAAGGAUUUUAUGUUUUUGUAAUGGUAUACAGCCAACUACAGGAAAUUUUUCCUCGUGGACAAAAGUAAUCGUUCGUGACAGUAUUUUCGCAAUAUCAUCUGGUAAAAUGACAAUUGUAAUUUCUAGGUUAGUAUUUUUCAGCGACGUAAAUAUAAAUAAUAUUUUAUGUCAUUGGUAUAUUCGGACAGGUAUAGUGAAAUUUGAUUUUAUAUUUAUUUAUUUUUACAUUAAAAUAUUUUAAAUAUUAAUAUUCUGGCAAAUAUUUGUUUAAAUAGUGUUUAUAUAAAUAUAAAAAUAAAUAUUCUGACAACUAUCAGAUUUAAGUAAAAUGUCAUGUAAUGAUUUGCGACAUUCUUAAAAUCCUAUAUGAAGUCAAAAUUAAUGACGCCCUGAAAAGGGGGUUUGGGAUGAACUGUAUGAAGUUUACAGAAGUAAUUGCGAAUAUGAGUUUAUUAAUUGAAUAUUUCCCCAAGCUUGUUGAUGUUCAAAGAGUUAAUGUGAAACUUCGUUAAAACAUAUUGUUUCUGACUUUGUUACAGUUUCUUUAACAUCAGAAAAGUGUACCUAAUAUACUUAUAUACCCUAUUCCAUGAAUAUACGACUGUUUUGGAUUAUCGCGACAACGAAUAUUUUAGUGUGCAAAGUAUAAAGAACGAAAGUAAAUUGCAAAUUACAUUGUUGUUUAUUGGAAUAAUUAUUAGAGCAAUUUACUUUCGUACUUCUUAUAUUGCACACUAAAAUAUUCGUUGUCGGGAUGAUCCAAAAAAAUCGUAUAUUCGUGAAUCGGACUCUACCUUGAAAGUUAUCAAAAAUAAAACACAUUUUAAUUAACCGUAGAAAUGCACCUUUUUACCUUACAUUUUCUAUUCUAUCUAUAGAUUAGAUAAGUAGACUUUCAAUUUAUGACUAGACUUUAUAUUGUCCUUAGUUCAAUUUUAUUUGUUUUUCAGAAGUUAUUUAGAUCUAAAUUGUUACAAAAGCAAUAACUAUUGUUUCGUGACAUUUACCUAUUAAAUGACAGUAUUUUCUACCAA